GCUACGGGCGUGUGUGCGCGCGCGCGCACGCACUUCCCCUCCUUCCUGCAUCAUAGCGCGCCGUUAUCAUCACGCGUUCACGUAAUACUCCCGUGGACAAGCUGACUUGUUGGAAAUGCUCGAAGAUCUUGAAUCUGUGCGAUAACGCAGUGGCUGUGGACGCAUCCAAAGAAAAGUGAAGCCAAGGAAAAUACUCAGGCAGCGGACGGAGGAGCGGCUUGUUGAUCUGCUAACUUGAAGGUUGUGUUGUGGCCGGGUCUCUCCUGGCUGGGGCACGAGCUGCCAUGCCAUUUGGUUGUUUGACACUCGGGGAGAAGAAGGAUUACAACAGUCCCUCGGAGGUGGCCGAUAAGUAUGACCUCGGACAGAUCGUCAAAUCCGAGGAGUUCUGCGAGAUAUUCCGAGCGAAGGAUAGGAACACCUUGAAAAUGUACACCUGUAAAAAGUUUCACAAAAAGGACGGAAGGAAAGUGAGGAAAGCUGCCAAGAAUGAGAUAAUGAUCCUAAAGAUGGUUAAACAUCAUAACAUCCUCCAGCUGGUUGAUGCUUUUGAAACUAAGAAAGAGUACUUCAUUUUUCUGGAGCUUGCUACAGGCAGAGAGGUCUUUGACUGGAUCUUAGACCAAGGCUACUACUCGGAGAGAGACACCAGUAACGUUAUGAGACAGGUUCUGGAAGCUGUAGCUUACCUGCACUCCCUGAAAAUUGUCCACAGGAACCUGAAGCUGGAGAACCUGGUGUACUUCAACCGCUUGAAGCACUCCAAAAUUGUCAUUAGUGACUUCCAGUUGGCAAAACUGGAAAAUGGACUCAUUAAGGACCCAUGUGGGACCCCAGAAUACCUGGCUCCUGAGGUCGUUGGGAGGCUCAGAUAUGGACGACCUGUGGACUGUUGGGCCAUAGGCGUCAUCAUGUACAUACUCUUGUCUGGAAACCCACCUUUCUAUGAUGAUGCGGAAGAAGACGACUCCGACAGCCGCGAUAAGAACCUUUUCCUAAAGAUUUUGUCGGGGGACUAUGAAUUUGAUUCACCGUACUGGGACGACAUUUCAGAUUCUGCCAAAAACCUAGUGGCGUCUUUAAUGGAGGUGGACCAGGAUCAACGACUGACUGCACAGGAAGCUAUUGCCCACGAAUGGAUUUCUGGUAAUGCUGCUUCAGACAAGAACAUCAAGGAUGGCGUUUGUGCACAAAUAGAAAAGAACUUUGCCAAAGCUAAGUGGAAGAAAGCCGUCAGAGUGACCACGCUGAUGAAGAGGCUCCGAGCAUCCGAGCAGGGCGAAUCCGGGGCCUCCGCUCCUGCCGCAGGGGCCGCUGCGGACUCCAACCCGGACGGUGCCACUCCCGUUCCUCCGGCCGGCAGCACUGACGCCGCCGCCGCCAGCACGACAGCGGGCUCUGACACACAGACUGCCGCCGGCGCCGCGCCCUCCCUGCCCAGUGCGGCGAGGCGGGAGGAGCAGCCCCAGGCACGGUGCAACGGAGACGUCCCCCAGCUGCUGCCGCAGAGACAGGGAGAUUAGCACCAGAAGAGGACCUUUGCCACCCAACAAGCACACGCGCAGUAUAGCCAAUAACUCUGUCUAUGCUGUCUGACUAUCCCCCAGUUUGCUGAAUCAUGUCAUGACAAUAUGCAUUACAACUUUUUAGCUUUGUGUACUGAUUAGUCUGUUGAUAGUGUUCUCCCUCGUUAUUUUGUGUACUCGUCCCUUUAAUGCUAGUUGCAAAGUAGCUUUUCUGUUCUUUCCUUUACCUUAAGAAAUGUAAAAAUUUAGUGAAGUCCGCCCUCUCCUCAUCAGCUCAUUGUAUAUACUGUAGAUGUAUUUGUCUGUUUUAACUAAUUGCUACUGUAGUUUGCGGCUUUAGAACCUACAAUUCUGAGUUUAUGUCUUGUAACUUAAAAUUAUGAGUUGAAAGACCUAUUAAAUGUAUUAUAGAAAUAAUUUAAAUGAGAAAUAUAAAUCUACAUUUUCAGGAUCUGCGAUAACCUUUUUGUAACUAUUAAUUAUUACUCAAAUGAAAAUGGUCUGGAUGUUUAAAAUUUCAAGAGUAUUUUGAAAGUUUAUUUAUGAUUAAAAUAUAAAGCCAGCUUUUAUUUUGGAUAUACAAUGCACAAAACUAUGCCUAAAACAUCAAAAGCUAUGUAACAAUCACAUCAGUAGUUGCAGAUCUGUGGAUUCAUCAGCUUGAGUUGGAUUCUUUUGCAGGCUUUAGUGUAGUACAAUUUCAGACAACUUAGAAUUUUAAGAUAGCAAGAAAGCAUACUGUAUUUUAAGUUUAAGUGCCUUAAUAUUUGUUGCAGUAAUGUACUGAAAUAUUUCAAAAGAAAUAACUAGUUUCUAAUUGCUUACUGAUUUCUUUGAAAUGUUUUGGCUGUUAUUCUUUCUCCUCUGUGUAGCCUCACUGCUGUAUUGAUACUUGUGUUUUGUCCUCUUCACACUUAAACACUAAAAACUAGAUUGAGAGCGUUCUAUGUGCUGUUUUAGCUGUUGUUGUUGUUAUUGUGUUGUUACUAAUAUAAUUAGUAAAUUCACUAAGGAAUAUGUACAUUUGCCCUGUACACAUGUGUAUUUUUUUAUUUACAUGUGUAGUUAGCAACAUUUAGCUGAGCUAAGAGGUUGCUACAGUGGUUGUGAUUAAAUAAAAUGAGCAAUGCUAA